AUGUUAUCAUCCAUAAAUACCAAUAGCAGUCUGUGGGUGGGUCUGGAUGAACAAUGGGAUAAUGCUACUUCCAGUGAACCUAUAUCUACGGAAAAUGCUUUAGCUGAUUCAGCCUCAUCGUACUUGGGAACUGUUGUUGUUCGGGAUGAUCCCAAUGGCACUACCAAAUCUGGACUUGUCAGCAAAUCCACUGUUGGAUCCAUUACUGGACCUAGUGCAACUACUAGCAGAAAGUGGCCGCAGGAUACUGCUCAUCUGAGUGAACUUUUUGGUCCGUCGUCACUUGAGCGUCUGUUUCAGGAUAGGCGUCCUCAGAACACUGAAUCCACCAACCCGCUUCAUGCAACUGCUCAUGGAACUUCCUCUGCCGAUAGCAAUAAUUCUGACCCAUUCACUAACAAGCUGUUUGGAGAGCAACAUGACACCUGGACUAAACGCAGGCUGUCUGCCCUCAUGUCCGAGUUGCAUUCAUCGGAUAAUGACAAAGCUGAAUGUCCGACCAUUUCUACUCGGAAAAAUAAUAGUAAUACCAAUACCAUUAGCACAGCUAGUAGCGGCAGUGUUCAUAGACAAAUCCCUUCUGAAAGAGAUACGUUUAUGUGGCCUGCUGCUUCAACUUUGUUCACUAGCCCAACACUUGCUGCUAUUGCCGCUGAACAGUCACUUUCUAGUAACCAUGCUACCGAUCUAUCUAUGCCUGCUGAUACUGACCUGCUUCAACCUGCUACCUCUCAUCAAAUAUAUCCUGAAGAUAUCGAUUUUUUGGAUGAAUUGUCUGAUAUGGAUAAUGGUCAGAGUAUCGUUGUGGAUGCCACCGAUUCAGGUGUUGAUCAAAGUGAGAUUGAUCGUGAUGACUUUCAUUCCAGUCUCGCCGUGUCUAAUCAAAUCCAUCCCAUCGCUCAGAGUCCAGAUGUGCUUCAGAAACUAAGCUCGGAAAAGACAAAUCAAAAUGGUCGUGGCUCAAAUCUAGACUACGUUCAAUCGUUCCCUAACCAGCCAUUAAUGGCACCACAAUCUCGUCCAAAUUCGCAUCAACAACAUGCUAAACCCAAUCUUAAGCCGCCCCUUCAGCAUGACAGACAGUCACUUGGUUAUGAUCAAACUCCAAGCACCUCGAAUCGUGUGACUCCAAAGCAUAUAAACUUUCUGCCACCUUUGCCUUCUAAACUACACCAAGAAAGUAUACCAGCAUCAAUUAAGCAAUCUGCUUUACAAUCUCCAACUGUACCCACAUUGCAUGUGAAUACCGAUUUUUGUAGAUCCAAUGCUCAGUCAUUUCCAAAAAAGGCCGAGAGUAAGGAAUCCAUUCAACCGUCAAACGUAAAGCAUGUACCAGCAAAGUGUGAUUCAACUUUUUUUGGAAACAAACCUGACUCUACAAACUCAACUCCAACUCAAGUGCAUGCAUUACAGAGUGAUGUAUCUCAACAUCAAGUCAAACCACAUGAUGGUAUUUGUGCGUAUAAAAAGUCUUUUGAUCAUUGUUGUGCACAAGAUUCACCGCAAUCAUUGUAUUCGUUUAAUCCUGCAAGCAGUCAACAAUCCUUGAAUCUCAGAGCGUCUGUGUCAACCACUUAUACCACUCUAUCCGACUUUUCUCCAGCAGCCAGUAGCGCCAUUACUCCCACACACAAAUCACAAAAAAAUAUACGAGGCCGCGUUGCAUAUGUUUCUCCAAACACAAACCAUGUUAAUCUAAGCGGUUGCGAGAUUCAUUCUGUCAAAAAUAUUCCUGAAAUCAUGGCAGGUCCAAAGCGAUUAACUUUAGAUAAUAAUCAAAUUACUUUUUUGUCAGAUCUGUCGACUAGUACAGAGAUUCUCCACAUAUCUAAUAAUCUCUUUUCUCACUUGUCUGCUUUGAGAGUUCUUGAUAUUUCCAGAAAUGAUAUUUUUGAUAUUUCAGCUGUUGCUUGUCUUCGGACUUUGGUCGAAUUGGAUGUAUCUUUUAACAAGAUUAUCAACAUUGGGCCAUUACUACUUCUUUCAUCACUAUCAAAUCUUAGGAUGGGUCAUAAUCAAAUUGAAUCGCUUAAUUUUCAGUUUUCGACUCUGUACGAUGUAUCGUAUAAUAAUUUAAAACGGGUAAAAUAUCUUCAUAGACUCUUGAAUCUGCAAGAUUUGAAUUUAGAAUGCAACUAUCUGCGUAGCUUUUCAGUUUCUCGUCCACUCCAUAGAUUGCGAUGCAUGAAUGUAUCAUACAACCGUCUUGUGUCAUUUGGAGGAUCAUCUUUCCCGGGGCUUAUACAAUUGAAGCUUGAUGGAAACUGCAUUCCUGAAAUUGACGAGCCUGAAGGGAUGUGUUCAUUGGAGAUUCUUUCCAUAGAAGAUCAGCGAACGGAUGAUUUGAUAUUGUUUUUAACUGGGUAUGAUACAUUAAAAGAACUGCGUAUAUCAGGAAACACUCUUGAUCGAAUGGAUGCAUUGACUGGACCGUUUAUGGAAGCGGUGGAGUGUCGUAAUGCAGGAAUUCAAUCCAUUCCACCUUUUACACGACUUGCAGGCACACUAUGGCGUUUGUGUCUUUGCGGCAAUCAAAUUAGUGAUAUAAGCUCUUUGGCAGCCCUUUACAAUUUACAAAUACUGGACAUGUCUAAUAACAAAAUUGCCGAGAUCAGUGGAGUGUUGAGUACGUUGCGUAAACUAUCCCAUCUGCGUACACUUGAUCUAAGAGGAAACCCAAUUACUGAGCAGUUUUAUACUGACUGUGAGCUACGUAAUGUAAGUCAGGAUCAGAAAAGCAAAGACGAAACUCGGGAAUGCACUGCUCAGGCUGUUCGUGAGGUAUGCUAUAGGAGUGCAGUCAUCAGUGCUAUAGGAAAAACCAUCGAGAUACUUGAUUUGAUUAGUAUAACCCGUCAAGAUCAGAUCCAAGCUCGAAAGAGAAUGGUUACACUCAAGCAAUUUAUGCGUGACCAACAACUUGAUAUCAACCAACAGCCUAUGUCCAAGAGUGUAAAACCUAGUGAUAAUGGACGCGCAAAAGUGGAUGAUCCAAAUACAGUGUCUGCACAAUCUAAUUGUGAGCUUGAAAGCGAAUCAAUGACGUUGGAUAUAUCUAACGACCAGAGUAUGAUGAUACAAGGGUUGAAUUCUCAUUUUGAAGGAUGGACACCACAAUCGUAUCCAUUGGAUGAUGUAACUAUGGACGAUCGAUUGUUUUUUGAAAUACAAUAG